ACGGAGCUACGUGUUAUUAGUCUCAGUUAUGAAUCGCUCUCGUGCAUCUCGGAUGCCGCCGUCUGUCGUCGUCAUCUUCUGAACGGGAUAACUUGACCUUUCGAAAGCAAAAAAAAAAUGCCACAGAUUAGUGUGCGAUCUCGAGUGCGCUGAGUGUUGUGUUUUGCUUUCUUCAGCGUUAGAUUUCAUCUGUGCCUUUCGAUUGAUGACGAUGUGAAAAGGUAAAAAACUCAACGCGUUAUAUGUCAGACCCGUGCUUCUAGGCUACUUCCCCAACGGUGUUGUGUGAGAUGGUUCAGUGACGACGAAAUUGUGAAGGUAUUGUACACAGAGUGCGAUGAUCGAUCGAAUCGAACGGAUAAACUAGAUCAACAAAAGUGGCUUCGUAAGCAGUUUUCCAGUUUGCGCGUGACUUUAGCGCGGUCAUCACCAUAUCGCCAUGAUCGCCCUUCUGGCUAUCGGAUAUCUCAAUGGCGCUGAAGUGAGGCGUAGCUGAGAGGUAUACGCGCGCGUGUAAAGUUCAUUGAAAUCUAUCUAUCCGGACGGUGUCGUGUCGAGCUGUGGCGGAUCAGGCGUUAAAGAGCAACUAGUUCAGAGCAUAUGGUGUGGGUGUGUAUGUGUGCAUAUUAUUCAGAAACCAACAAUCAGCGCUGCCAGAUGACACCUGGUAUUUGAAGUGUUACGCAUAAUUGAUUACCUCGCAGUCAAGGUAUUCCGCUUGAAGAGAAGCUCUAGUUUAUCCCCUGGGUCACCGGCUAGUAAAGCCUCGAUGUGUUCAAGUUACUUCUCGAAAUGGGAUCGAUUUCAACACUAGUUGUGUAAACGCUAUACGAAAAAAUGCAAAUUGAGUGUCAUCUUCGGCUUCAAGGUUAUCGAGUCAUUGAAUUGGUUAUGUAUAUCCAUUUUUUUAUGUUCAGCCUUUAGACAUUAACAUACAGUUCCCACGAAAGAAAAAUUGUCCAAUAAAAUACGGUUGACAUUUCUGCUCUGCAUAAGGACCUUCUCUUCCCAAGGUUAUUUCGUUGUGAUAUUAAGGGGUGCUCUGUAAAAUAAACAGGAGCUGAUUCGAACGGUCCAACAACCUUUCAGAAUUAAAUGUAAAUUCAACCAAAACAUUGAUCUUCUGGACACUAACAUUAACUGCUCAAUAAAUUUAGUAGAACUUUAAUUUCUCAUUGUGUAAUUAUCUUAUGUGAUUAUCGAACAGAUGAAGAUUCGAUGGCUGUUGUGAAAACAUUCAAGGAAUCUUUGGGGAAUGAAACUUAACAUACAAGACAAGAAUCCGUAUGUGAUGCUUUCCUAUUCUCUGAACAUCAUUUGGUUAUGAAAGGCACCAUUUUACAUGUAAUAUCAGAAAUUGCAUAAAAUAGAAUGUACCCAAAAAAAUUGUUUUCAUAUUCAUCAAUCCUCGUAUAUUUAUACAUUUUUGAAAAAGUAGAAGUGGGUUGUAUCUGUGAUACAACCGCAAAAUGGACGCAGGACUACCGUUGGCUUAGCAAUCAAUAAGUAACAAUAAUGUAGCUCAUUUCAUCUUUCGAAUAAAGUGAUUAUCAUGCCACUUCGUUUAGCCUCAAAAGAAAUAAUGCGCUCAAAGGAAGAAUCGAUUCCUCCUCAGAAAUACCCAGCGCAAAUAAUACACUUCAGCCCACCAAUUGGAAUCAUCGAUCGGUUGUGGCAUUCGUCAACAAAUAAUAUUAAAACUCUUGCUUUCAACAAACAAUAUGGUUUCUUUGAUAUGGUGGAAUAUUUUCUACAUCAUAUCAAACAUUUCAAUUUCUCCGCUAUUAAAUACAUAGCCAAUGUCACCAUUUGAAAACAAUCUGUAUCGAAUUGUCAUCCACACUUCGUUUUUUGCUAAACGCUCCGUUCGAUCCGGCUGCAGAAAAGAUAAGGAAUUGGGAGAGAAAAUCAUAUACAUAGGCGUGUGAGCGAGACUUUCCUUAUCUCACUUCGCAAUAACAACUAAAUGGAUUUCUUCUUCUUUUUCUUGUGUGAUUAUAGAGACUUUAAACAUCUACAGUUUAUUCGACUCUAGCCCUGAGAAGGAUCCUUGUGGAAGAAAACUCUACUCCAAACUCCAAACUGUCGUUCGACGCGCGUCAGCGAAUCGUGUCCGCUUCCAUCAAAAUCAUACGUUCUGUUGGUAUUAGAAAAUGAACUGAAAAGUUUGAAACCUCUUAAAAACAAAGAACUGAACUGAACUGUUGAAAUGGAUUUCCAUUCCAUUUUGCUUGUGAAUGAAACUAUCGUUAUCUCUUUCAGAUUUUUCUAAUCUGCCUUCCACAUGUAUUCAGUUCUGUUGAAUUUCAUUCGUUCUGAAGCAGUUCAAUCCCAAGCAGUUCGCUUGGAAUCAGUCCAUCCAAUCUUUUUGACGAACUACGUCGUUUCGUACCAUUCACGAACGGUUUGUCCAUCUCUACCACGGAGGCUAACGCCCGAAUUGUAUGCACACAUGUUUGUUGCUCUUCCCCCACAGUGCAAAUAGCGAGUAAAAUUCAAAUAACAUACCCACUUUAUUCGCUAAAUUUCACUUGUCACUAUCUGGUUCACUUGUUUCACUAUCUUCACUGUUUGUGUUUCAACCAAAACCGAAAUGCUGAAUAAAUUUCCUGUUUAAUGGUAUACACUGCGUUUCACAACUAUAGAACCACUCAUUUUUUUUGAGUCCCAGAGAUAUGGAAAUAUUCGAUUGAAUUGAAGUAUAUAGUGUAGAAUACAAUAGAUAUCUCCAUUUAUAAGACUGGCCAUUUCAACUUUCUUGUUAUGUUCAGGCGCGAAACAUUAAGAACACUUAAAUUCCAGUGUUUCAUAACUAUAGAGAACCAGAUGGAAAAACUCUCACUCCUUCACAAAAUUAACGUCAAUUUAACAUGAAUUGAAUUUAACAUUUUAAGAAAGUUCUCUCCAAACCAUCAAACACGUUCGGUAAAUCCUUCCAGUAUGAAUAAAUUCUGUUCAAGUUGAAUUUCUUUUUAUCAGAGAAGUUCUCCUGAACUAACGAAACCCAAGGGAUUAGCUUCCACAUUAGUUUUUGGACUCGCAGCUUCGGAAGCGGAAUUUUUAUGGUUUGGGGAGAAUUUUCUCAAAAAGGUUGCCUGAUUUAGAUAGCUAACCAUCAACACGAAUGAACAGUCAGAAGUGCAACGGAGUACUUCAGAAUCAUUUACUACAGUUUUUGCAUCAAAAACAAUGUGUAAUUCGGGUAAUUUGGUAUCAAUUCAUAAAAUCAGGGAGGUCAUGGCAUGGUUUAAUGAAUAGGGGCCUAAGAUUCUGGACUGGUCAGAUUGUUUACAAAAUCAAAACCCUGUAAGGAACUUAGGGGAAGUGAUUGGACGAAUAGCAGAUGCAGCUUACAAGCAAUAUGAGUGAUUCGAAGAGCCUAAACAAGCAAUAUCUUCUGUGUAGAAUGAGAUGCACACUACAAAAUGGCGCGGUCUGGCCGAAACCGUCCCGAAUGGGUUAUUUGAACUGAUUGAGAACUAAAGAUGAUCUACGAUUUAGAAACUUAUCUUAAUUCAUGUUAAAUUGACGUUUAUUUUGUGAAGGAGUGAGUGUUUUUCCAUCUGGUUCUAUAGUUAUGAAACACUGGACUUCUAGUUUUUUUGAAUAUUUCGCGUCUGAAUGCAACAAUAAAGUUGAAAUGACCAGUCCUAUAAAUGAAGAUAGUUAUUUUAUUCUACACUAUAUACUCCAUUUCAACCGACUUCUCCCAUAUCUAUGGGGACUCAGAAAAAAUGAGCGCAAUACAACGCAAUGGCGAUUUUGAGUAAUGUGCAUUUGAAAUCCCUUAAUUUCACGUUACAUUUUUCAUAGAGUGACUCCCUUAUAUAAAAUCAAAGACCAAUUCUCGUUUCGAAUUCGUUCAGAAUGUGAUAGAGGAUCAUAUUUGAUUAAAAAAUCUUUCUACGCAUAUGUUCGAAUUUCAACAAUGACAGAGUUAUUGAACUUUUACUCUGUUUCGGGCUCUGUCUGCUCGGAUUCAAAAAUUUCUCUACGUAGGACAAAACUGUGGCUUCAAUUUGGAAAAUGAAAAAAAAUAAUACAGAUUCUAGUGGUAAAACUAUUAGUGGAUUUAAGUAACAUUUUAGAAGUUAGUGGUUUUUAGAAUGUUGUUCUUUAUUUUAUCAAACAAAUACAUAAUAAACUUGAAUGUUACUAUCAGCCAAAUUAAAGCUCUUUAACCGCUUUACAAUUCGUUCUUAGACACCUAACUUCUAUCUUUUUUAAUUUCGUUGGAAUCAUUUUACAUAAUUCCAGGUGAAUCUUAAACUAGAAUUUACCAAAAUCACGAUUUUUACUCCACUGCACUCAUAAAAGCCAAUUAACUUUCACUUUAACGUUGGAAUAUUUCAUUUUUGAUUGAAAUAUGUCGUAUUUGAAAUAUAAAAUAAAAAAUUAACUGCAUAUAACCAAGAUGGUAUAUAAUCGAGUCCGACCUGUACAAGACGAAAACGAAAUGCAUUUUUUCUCAAAAAGACUAGCUCAUUGGCUUUAAUUUUAUAUGCCGAUCAUCUGAAUUCGUCCAGUAGUUAUAAAGUAAUAAAUUUUUGUAAAGUCAUUUUUGGAAAAAAAAUAUUUUUCGGACCACCGUAAAAUGAAAACGGACACCAUAAUGAAAAAAAAUACGGGUCUACCAAUUUCAAUGAAAAUCUGAGAACUACUAUAUCGGUUUAGAAUAGAAUGGCUGAAUUGUUGAAACAUUUUCUACUCGUAAAAUUUGGCUCCAUUGGCGCUUGAUCCAACACAAAUGGAAGAAAUAGAACUAACUACAAGCGUUAGCUUCGAAAUAAAUUCCUUCCUUUUUUUUUGAAACUUAUAAAUUGAAAAACCAUGCUUUCAAUUAUGUAUUUCAUUAAUAAAAUGAUCGUGGGAAAGUCAUCAAUAUUGAGCCUUGGCCGCGGCCAUGGGGAAAGGGAAGAUGUUAAUGUCUCAAAAACUAUAUUCCUACAAUACCGUUAACGAGCGCGACGAAAUUUGUAAAUUAGAAAAUGAACCAAAUCGUACACAGCUUUCGGAAUUUUCAUCUUCUAAAAUUACAACCAACCAUUCACCUGGCGUCUGCAGCAGCACCAGACCCUCCCAACUGGCAGCGCUGAUUGAGCAUAACAAGUGACCGAGGAGAGAAGAAAAAAAAAUUAUGCGCCCAAUGGGAUAGGUAUGUCCGUAGCGGAACAAUAAUAAGCGGAGUAGUGGUUGUGUGCGGCGGUUUACACAGACGCGAGAGCAAAAGCAGAGAAAUGAACGAAUAACCGUAUCAUGUCGAUUAAAUACAACACAGUCAGUUCACAGUCAGUCUGUCGAGAAGUAAAGUUUGAUGAGGAGCAGAGCAAGAGUAGUGCCCGUGUGGCAAGGCAAGAGCUUUGACCUCUAUAGAAUAUAAAAGUUGAGUUUGAUGACGUAACGUGUUUCUUAUUGCUCACCGGACUCGGAGUUCGUGACCAUUCUCUUGGCUGCCAGUAGCGAGUCAAGUGCACAAGUGCUGUUGACUUCAACCAAAACAGGAAAUCGCUCGACCCGUCCCCGAAGCGUACGACGCGAAGAAAAAAAAAGAGAGCGGCUGCUCUCUUAGUGCAGCACCGAUCAUCAUAAUUUAAAGUGUACCGUUUCUAAUGGAGCCACAUAAUUUCGAUAUCAAGCCAAAUAUACAACAGAUGAAACUGGAACCGGGAACGCAACAUUUUGGCAGUAGUCUUGAUGACAAGGCAGCGAGUCUGCAGCACCUGUCCUCCUUGAGCAGCAUGAGCAUCGAGUUGUGUCUGGUGUGUGGCGAUCGUGCUUCCGGACGACAUUAUGGCGCCAUCAGCUGCGAGGGAUGCAAAGGGUUCUUCAAACGGUCCAUUCGCAAACAGCUCGGCUACCAGUGCCGGGGGUCAAUGAACUGCGAAGUAACCAAACACCACCGCAACAGGUGUCAAUAUUGCCGGCUGCAGAAAUGCCUCGCUUGCGGAAUGCGAAGUGAUUCUGUUCAGCAUGAACGCAAGCCCAUCAUCGAUAAAAAAGAUGGCCAGGCUGGGCCCAACCCAAACAGCAAAUACAAUCCCCAUCGAAAUAAAGAAUAUCACAAUGAGCAGAAAGCGAGUGCUGCUGCGGCUGCUUCAUACCUCAACAUCUUCCCCGGCUUCAACUUGGCAGAGUUCACCGCCAAUUUGAGCAAGCGAGUAACAAAAUCUCCUCCAGUGUCAUCGCAUCUAUCCUCCACCAAUACAACCCCUUCCAAUCCCUUCGGUUCGCUGCAUUCCCUCAAACCCCAGGAGGAACGCCAGUCAUCUCAGGUGGAUUCAAUUGCCGCUCUAAUCGGUCUGAAUUCCACGGCGGCAGCAGCCGUUGCAAUGUCGAGUCUCGGUCCACCGCAGCAGCAGCAGCAGCAGCCACCAACGCUUGAUCCACCGGAAGUUCCACCAAAACCGAUGCCCUCCUCAACACACCCCCUGCCGAUGGACACGGGGGAAAAUACCUCCAUAGAGAAGAGUCUGAUGUGCAACUCGCUCGAGUUCAUCCAGAAUCUUGAGCACGAGCUGAACAACAAUGUCAAUAACAACUACGGCAUCAAAUCGGAGCUGAACAACGGGCGCGACGACGACCGGGACGAUGAUUGUCUUAAUUUCGACUACGGUAGCCUCGAGCUGUCGGACAGCUGCUCCAGCUUCGACAUCCAGGUGCCAAACGUCCUGCCAAACUAUCUGAGUGCACACUAUGUGUGCGAAACAGGUUCGCGGCUGCUCUUCGCCACCGUGCACUGGAUGAAGAAGAAUCAUCUUUUCUCGAUGUUGAGUGAUUCGUUCCAGUCAGAAUUGCUCCGUCAGACUUGGCCGGAACUGUUCAUGAUCGGACUAGCCCAAAGCAGCGGUCAGUUGUCGUUCAACACGAUCAUGCUUGCGUUGAUCCAGUAUAUGAAAACGAUGAUCCUGAACAAAAAAUACGGUAGCGACAUCAUAAACUAUUUAACCAAAUACGUCCUGCUGAUACAGGAGUUUGUCACCGACGUGCAGAAGCUGAACUUAACGGAUCAAGAGUUUGCCUACAUGCGACUGCUGUGCGUGUUCAAUCCAGACAACAUCCUGCAGGACAACGUCAAAAACCAGCAUCUGGCAAAAAUACAAGACAUGAUACUUACCAGCUUGCGGGAGUACUACAAGCGAAAACACAGCCGACUGAUAGCCAGCGGAAGCGAGGAAAACAUUCGCGGCAACGAUGACGAGGAUGAUUACUACGAGCGAAGCCACCACCAGCAGCGCCAGCACCGGCAAAAUCUGGACCAGCGGCUGGUGAUGAUACUGAUGAAGUUACCGACACUGCGUGCCUUGAACUCUAAGAAGGAUCUCGAGGAUCUCUUCUUCAGCAAUCUGAUCGGGCAGGUGCAAAUCGAGAAUGUUCUGACGUACAUUCUCCAGACCAACGAUGGGGCGGCCACGUUCGCCAGCUUGGUGCGAAACUACGCUUCAACAACCAUGACCGUCGGCUGCGGGGGAGGAUCCCAGAUGGAUAGUGACGACUGAUCAGUCGUUGCCGUCCGGGAGGCGGAAGUUACAAUCGUAUUCUGAUUUCAAUCAUUUUGGCGCAGUAAUUAUUUCACUGCCGCAAACCACGCAACCGAUGACCACCGAAUUGAGGAAUGCAGCCAACAGGACUUGGCCUAAAGAAAAAGAAAGAAAGGAUGCGGAGAAUAUGGAUCUUAUAACUCUCUUGACUGAAGGUGUUGUUUGUUGAACCGCAUGUAACGUAAAACGAAAACGAGAAUCCCUUUCGCUAUACAAUAAUGUUUUGUGUGCAUACGAAAGGCCACAAAUUCAAAGUUUCUUCCAAAGUCUGCAUAUUAAUGGUUUUUACUUACAUACAUAGUUUAGACGACUAUUGCUAACUUCGUAAUAAUCACUUGCAUAGCAUAGUAAGAUUAUCUUAUUUCUAAGAAGAUACAUCUGUUUGUAGGUAAACAUAUACACAAGUAUUAAUAGAAACUCACGCAAUCAACAAAUUAGAUCGUUAAGGUUCAAUGGUAUAAGUGACGAAUUGUUUACUUAAUCAGAGUCGAUCGAAGGCGCAAUAUGUAAUAUCUGAUGAACGUAGGACAGUGAUGCGUUAAAGCUAGUAAAACUAAAAAAAGGAAUUAUGAAUGUAAAAUCAGGAAGCCUUUCGAAAGUCUCGUAAGAUGUACCUGUGAGAGGUAUUACCAACUGUUUAAGCAUUAUAUGGAAACGAAAUCAAAAUUUCGGAUCAGAUGAUCGAUAGACAACAGGAAACCCUUAGGAACUGAUAGCUGAUAGCGAAAAGUAUGUUAGUAUUAAAUGUAAAAUCAGAUUCGUAUAUAUUUUUCUGUAAUUCAUUUGAUGAAUAAUACAAUAUAUGAAAGAAUGUAA